AUGGAUGUUUCACCUGAAACAAAACUUAACCAGCAGUUAACUUUCAGUUACAAAAGCUUUGCUGGUUCAUCACCAACUGACUUCAACUGUGGCUUGAAUAAAAACCCAGAUCUCAGCCAUCUCCCAAAGGAGAUUCCUCUUAAACAGCUGGUGUCUGGUAGCCCAAAUGUGUUAGCUGGAAGCCGGACAGACGUCAAAGAGAAAGACAAGGACUGCUCCAGUCAGGACACACUCAUACCUGUCUAUGCUGCAUCAAUCACCUUUGCCAUUGGAGUGGCUAUUGCUCUGGUCCUGCAUAUUUGCAUGGGGGGAAGAAGUUUGGUAGUUGCAAAAGGUGUGUUAGUGUCAGAUCACGAGCGCUGCACUGCUCUUGGUAUGAGAGUCCUUCAUGAUCGUGGAUCCAGUGUGGAUGCAGCCAUCACUGCCGCCCUGUGUUUGGGUGUUGUGCAUCCACAUGAGUCCGGUGUUGGUGGAGGUGGGGUGAUGCUGGUUCAUGACAUCCAUAAGAAUAAAACCAGGGUGAUACAUUUUCAGGGAACGGCACCUAAAGCACUUAAAGAGGAGAUGCUGCAAAAUAUUUCAGAAGUAAAGGCAGGUCUGCAAGUGGGUGUGCCAGGACUGCUCAGAGGGUUACACCAUGCUCACAGCCUGUAUGGGAGUCUAUCCUGGGAGGAUGUGGUCACUCGAGCCACCGCUGUUGCCAGAGAAGGUUUCAAUGUAUCUUUCAGUCUUGCUGAGGCUGUAUCGAAAGUAAAAGGUGAGCAGCUAUCGCAGCGUUUCAGGGACAUGUUCUUCCCGGAUGGCAAAGCUCUGCGUCCUGGUUCAUUUCUGAAGAUGCCCAGUCUGGCUGGAGUCCUGGAGGCUGGUCUGUCGAACUUCUAUGAUGGGAACUUCUCACAAGAGAUGGAGGACGAGGUGCGAGUUAAUGGAGGGGUCCUGACCAGAGAUGACAUCAGUAACUACAGUGUGCAGGUGGAGCAGCCAUUGGAAGGCCUGUACAAUGAAUUUAUUAUUCAGGUUCCUCCUCCCCCAUCUGCUGGUGCAGUGUUGAUAUCAGCGCUCAGGCUUUUGCAGGGCUUCCAUCUCAAUGAGAACAAUAACACAGAAAACCAAACAUACCACUGGAUUGCUCAGGCUAUGAAAGCAGCUUUGGCUAUGGCCAGUGGUUUGGGUGACCCUAGAUUUAACUCUUCAGUGACUGAGCUGCUCUCUGACAUGCUAAGUAAGGGUCAAGCUGAAGUGCUCCACCAGAGGAUCGAUUCCUCCGCUGUCCACUCCCUGCAGACAGAAGUGAUGGCUGGACAAGUAGUAGUCAUGGGACCCGAUGACCUCAUGGUGUCAGUAGCAAGUUCCUUGAGCGGGCCAUUCGGGAGCAGAGUCAUAACUCGGUCAGGCAUUAUCCUCAACAGCCUCAUCCUUGACUUCUCCUGGCCAAACAAAACCCGAGGGCAACUCUUAACCAACCAGAGAAAUAGAGUUCAGCCAGGAAAGAGGCCCCUAUCAUCGCUCAUGCCCACAAUAGUGGUGCCAACGUGGCAUGAAUGUGGGAUCUACACAGCACUGAGCAGUUCAGGUGGACAGCAGAGCUUGAGUGUGAUCGCCCAGGUGCUGAUCAGUGUGCUGUCCUUCCAUAAAGAGAAAAAUGAAAGCCUGUCUCUGAGAAGACUUCAGCCAAAGAGACUUUUUGUUGACUCUGCGUUUCCAGAAGAGAGUGUGGAGUUUCUGCAUGAAAGCAGCCCCAAAGUUCAAAGAGUGAAGACUGUCCAGGGCAUCCUGAGGAACAAAGAUACCAUUACAGCCAUAACACUACCGCAAUUAUCUGACAGUUUAUUAUAGCUGGAAUGAUCUCAUAAACUUUUUCAUACAUAUCUUCCACACAUCAUAAAAUGGUAGUAUCUGGAUAUGCUGUUGUUGCGCUUCUAUUAUUGUAACCACCAACCAACAGGGGGCAGUCCGCCUACAAGUACUAGCCUAUCUAUUAAAGAUAAAAUUGUUCAUAUAAACUGUCUAACCACUUUAUACUUGAGCUCUAAUCUGAUUUUUCUAAGUCAUUUUUUUAUGUAAAGGACAAGGACAAAGACAGGUUUUAUGCUGACUGUUAUGUAAAAGCUGAUGUACAGUCGAGAUACCAUCAACAUUCUUACAAACAAAAGCAUCACAAGGUAGGAUUUGUCAUGCUUGUUACGUCUGCAUGCAGACAAACAUGUCACUCAAGAUGUUGCACUUUAGCCGCUAGUUACCUUAAACACUUGACUCAAUAUGUGUUGUCACUGUUUUUGGUGACCUCCCAGUGUGGUUAUUAAGAUGAUAAUGACACCUCAGCAAGCAGAAAAUGGAGACUUGUUCUCUUCAUCAAAUCAAAUUAGUUUUUAUCCAGCCCCCCUCCAUACAGAAACAGUUUUUCUUCUUGUCCCUACAGUGUGAUGUUUGAUCUUCUCUAGAAGGAUGUUUUCACAUUCAUCGGCUGAAAGUGGAAAGUUUCUCUGAACAUCUGAUUUUAAGGAGGAGGCCUAAGAGCAUGAUUUGUGACAUCACAAAUAGUUUGGAGGUCAACCCUGGUCCAGUAUGCAACUUCUACAGUGGGAUGUAGAAACUUGAAGCCAGCAGUGCACAUUCACUAAGAACGUACAUUUUGUAUCCAGCAGGGAAACUUCAGAAAUGAACAAACUUUACAUAUUCAUAAAUGUAUAAAUCUAUAUGCAGCUACGCUCUGUUCUCAGUACAUUAGUUAUACAGUGAAGACAGAUAUUCACACAGGACAGCUUUAAUCUAUAUGCACUGCCCUAAAUGAACCCGCAGUGAAGAAAAUGUUGAGCUUUGUUGACGCAGAAUACAUUUAAUUUAAACUUCAUGCUGAAACACAUUGUUGGGCCACUUGUUGCACACAGAUCUGAGUGAGUUUACUGGUUAUCUCUGCAUUGUCCAUCAUAUUAUAUAUAGAUAUAUAUUAACAGGCAGAUGAGCAGCCACUUGAAAGAUCCAGUCAGCAUUAUCCUCCCUGUUCUUAUUUAAUCUACAGUCAUGUGUUAU